GAUGCGUGAGGCGGAGGGGAGAUGUGUCUGGCGUGCCAGCGGUUACGAGUAGAGCUGCAGGAGAGGCGGUAAAUGAUGCUGAGCUGCCGACUGGCAAACUGAAAUAUGACUGAUACAGAUGAGUCCCAGGCUUCUGACGCUGAUUACCCUGAGCUGAUAUGCAGCCGGCAGAAAGAACCAUAUAAGGUACAUGCAUGUGAAACAAAUAAACAACUGGAAUGUUCACGUUCAAGGCAGAAGAAUGUUGCUCCUGAGGAGUCUUCAGAUGAGCUUAACAGUAUAUGUAAUUCUUCAGCUGAGGUUUUACUGGACAGCAGUGAUUCAGAAAGUGAUGUUUCUGCUGCUGGUGGCAAUGAGUACCAUCCUAAGUGCUCCAUUGGACCUUCAGAGGAAAAAAGGAGAUCUCAAUCUUCAAAGCAACGAGCUGAUGAAUCUGCUGCAGCAAUGCCUGACAAUGAAAGCUCUUCAGAUUCUUCUCUGUCCCCUCCGAGUCCAGUGAAAGCAUCUGAAACUUCCACGAAGCAGAAGUCAAAAUUCAAUUUGAAAGCGAUUUUUGCAUAUCACUUCAGGGGAAAGAAGUUUAAGGCUGCUGCGCACCGAAAAUAUAAGUGUGGCUCAAGCAAGAACAAGAAGAGGUAUGAGAGCACGCAGAUGCCUACAGGGAGGCCACCACUGACAGCCUCACCUCAAGAGCAAAAGAGAAGGCUUCUACACAGAGGCUUUAAUUUCCCUUUUGUUGAAAAACAUUAUGGAAAGAAACAUAUUCCCUUAAAGAUGGUUCUUGGCUAUGAGCAAGCAGCUGCAAAGGGAUAUUUCCAGUACAUUGAAAUGCUUAAAUAUGAAGAACAUCUUAGAAAAGCUUUAAAAGCCCUUCAGGCUAAUGAAGACCUAGAAAGAGAAUGCCUGGCGGUACGGAAGCACAAAUAUUUAGAUGAUGAAGGCCCCAUUUCCCCUAUUCAGGAGAUGAAUCAUGACGAUGACGGCCUGAAUUCUGAUAAUCCAGAAGACUUCGAUGCCAGAGUAGUGGAGAACAGCUCUUUCAUUAUAAGCAGCAAAAUGCCCAGUAAGAAAAAAAUCAAAGCCAGAAAAAAAACAUGCAAAAUCGAUUGAAGUGAUCGAAAUAGAGGAGGAAGACAACUCUGCUUCUGAGAACUCUGUGCUUCUACAAGGUUCACCUCUGAACAGAAAACUUAACGAAUGAGGUGGCAGUGGUCACUCUUCAGAUUCCUUUUUCGUGGCUACUUGGCUUAAAUCACUGGUCUGAAGUCAAUGUUGAGCUAUCAGCCAAGCAAUCUAGUCAGACUUGGUUUAAGGCAUCUACCUGAGAAAUACUCUGUAUGGCUUGAAAGACUCAUCCUGGAUCUAGGAGUGGGGUUCUUGCUUGUUUAUGUUGCUUUUGGGAGAUGAAAUACUGCUCAGUUUUCUCGGAUGUGCAAGACUCUGCAGAGGAACACACCAGAUCGGCAACAGGGAGCAGUUGUAACUUUUUCGGACUGCUUGAAUUCUUAGUGGCUGUUUGCUGGCAUUCUGAUGUACAAAUUCGUUAUUUCAGUGGACUUCAGUGGAAUUUGUUAGCGGCAGAGGGGCAUUUCUGCGAUGUCUGGAACAUAAUGGAAAGUCUCUACUUAAGGGAAGUCCAUGUGAUGUGGUCCAGUCUGAACUAGCAUCUUGGUGGUAUGUGAUUAGAGAAAAUGAGAGAAGACAUGGAGGAUGCUAUUUCACAGUCAGCUGAAGCCCCUUCUAGGUGCUCACUUCUGCUUUUGAUACAAAUGAAAAAGUGAUUCAACUGGAAGACCUUGGUGCUUUAGGAUACAGAAGAAGGUGAAUUUUGCGGUGUUAAAAGGAUGAGCUGUGGAAGAUGAUGACAACCUGUUUGAUGGUGUCUGCUGCUAAGUCACUGCAUCUCAGAGGUGUGAGAAACACCGCCCAAGUGCCACCAAAGUGAGUCUGAAGGUCCCUGGUGAUGUUGCUGCGAGUCUGCUGCAAGGGACUGCACAGCUCUUCCAUAUAGAGAAAGAACCUUAUCUAGAGUGGUUAUUGCAGUAACUAAGAAUUGAACAUUUGUUUUAUCUUCCCUUACUGCUUUGUAAAUUGAAAUAGUGCAUGUUGUCUAAAACCCAGUUCAGAAGUGUGAGGGGCCUUUGCCCUUACCCUUUCAGUUCAGUUGUGACUGGUCUCCGUUUUGCCCUUCUGGGAGAUGUGGCCGAGCUGCCUGCUUGGCCUUGCAGAAGAGCUACCUAAACUGAGUGACUGGAGAAGGUCUUACCAGCUGUUGCCCCUCACUUCUCUGAUACUGAACUCAACUGGACUAAAGCUCUGUAGAGGUACGUUCUGUACAGAAUGUCACAGCAUUUAAUAAAACUGAUGUCUGAAAGCUG